AUGAAAACAAAGUGGCAUGAGUGCAUUUUGUGGCGUGUUUUAUCACUUGGCCUCCUCCUCUGCUGUGCUGCGGACACGAACCAAUCUCCGGUGACGAGAGGGAGAAGUCUCUUUUUGAAGCUGGAAACUUCACAAUCCAAACUGGCAACAACAGAAUCCUCACCUGCGGCCGGCGGCUCUUCAUUGACACCUGUGACAUCACCGCGAUCCAUGCGUUCAGCAGAGUCCGAGGCAGCAAGAGUCCAGUCGGGCUUUGCGUCCCUCCCGGACGUCUCUGUCACCUGCUCCAGGUCCGACUUUGUCGUGCGGGUCAAAGCGGCUUUCUACGGCCUGGGCGCGCGCGCAGAGGAGCUGACGCUGGGCAGCGGCUGCAGAAGCAACGGUGUUCUCAGGCCGUACGGUGAUUUCAUCUUUACCUAUCCUCUGACAGCGUGUGAGGCCGUGCGCGAGACGCCCUCUGGUUACCUGCUUUACAAAACCGUGCUGCAUUACAAGCCCUCUGCAACGCGGUUCCCGAGCAGAGCGCAGCCGCUCGACGUCGCCAUCGAAUGUCGCUACCAAAGGAGCCAUCAUGUUUACCGACUGGCCGUGAAACCCACCUGGAAAACCGCGGUCAUGCGUAAAAAGCUGAUGGGGCGUCCGAGCGACUUCAAGAUCGAGCUGAUGGAUGAUUCCUGGAGCGCCCCGUCCAAAAAACCGGCAUACCAGCUUGGGCAGACUGUAAAUAUCCAGGUCACGGCCCUGCAUCUCCCCCCCGGAGGGAAACUGUACAUCAGUAGCUGCUAUACAGCGCCAUUCAGUGGCUCCGACCUGUCCCUCAAAUACACCAUUAUCGACAAUUUGGGGUGCAUGCUGGACAGUAUGAAACACCCGGGAGCCUCUCAGUUCAUCCACCAGACACACAAAACUCUGCAGUUCUCCCUAAAGGCCUUCCAGUUUACGUCUGACCCGGACACCGGGGUCAGCAUUCACUGUAAAUUAUCCAUCACGUCAGAGGAUCCAAGUCCUGCGCACAAGUCCUGCACCUACAGAGCGAACGGGUGGACGGCAAUCAGUGGCGACGACUCCAUAUGUGAAUGCUGCGAUUCACAAUGUGUGACCCCAAAACCCCGCAGGGUCAUGCAGACAGGUUUUGCCAGCAGUGACUUGCUGUUCGUCUCCGAUCAACCGUACACAGCAGGAGCUGGUUCUUCCACGGUCGUCAUGAGCGGAGAAGACCAGAACAAGGCACCAAGGCUGCGCACUGAUGAGCUGAACAGUCAGGAGUCCCUGUGGAAAAGUACAGAUGUGCUAAAGUAUGGCCGUGAGGAGGAGGAGGAGCCUAGAUUAACAACAGAGCCUGAUGUGGAGACAUUGAUUUUCAGGCACGGCGUUUUAGUGGAGGAGAGGAACGAGUCAGAAGAAGAUAGCUCGGGUUAUGACGAGGAGGAGGAGGAGGAGGAGGGGGACGACUUUUUAGAAGGCGAGGAUGAGGAGGAAAGAUCUGGGGGGGAAGAGGGCGAGAUCUCUGCACGGCUUCACUGGGCGCAGUCAGAGCAAGUAAAAUACGAGCCACUGAACUCUGACGAAGAGAGGAAGCAUUCAGGUCGAGGUGAAGAGCGGAAGGAUGACAGCCUGGCAGAUGUAGUAGAUGAUGAGAUGACUUGGUAUUUCACAUGGCGGUAGUAUUACAUCACUGAAGCCUAUAUAGCUUCAAUAAAAAAUAAAUGAACUAACUUUUUUUGAGACUCUGUAUUGAGAAAGUAAACUGCGUGAACUGAAAUGAUGCUCAGUCACUUGCAAUUCUUUAAUUUGUCCAUAAAUCUUU